UCUGCACGCGCCCCUGUCAAAAGUGUAGUGUUGGCCACACGCGCGCGCUGCAUAAGAUUCUGGUGUACAUUACAGUGAGAGUCUUCUGAAGCCUGGGAACGGAGUACUCAAGAAAAGCAUUCUCUUCGUUAUGGAGAUCACCGAUUCCACUUGUAUGGAGCACCUGGUGAAGGAGCUGAGUUUGCUUCUCAAGCUGCUGGAGAACGAGAGCGUGAGUUCAGCCACCGCAGAGAAGAUGAGCGUGGUCAGGAACUUGGUCAAACAGCUGCAGCCAUCUGUGAAUGGAUCUGACUUCAUAUACAUGAACACGUCUCUCUAUGGAAAUGGUACCAGCUUUGUUGAAUCACUGUUUGAAGAAUUUGAUUGUGAUCUGCAGGAUCUCAGGGACUCGCCUGAAGAGAUAAAAGAUGUGGAGCAAGAGGAGGCGUCCAAACACUUGCCCACAAAAUCGGUACCAGAAUAUAGUCCCACAGACACACCUCCCCCCCUUCCUACCACACCUCCUCCGGAUGAUUACUAUGAAGAAGCCGUCCCGCUCGGACCGGGCACAGCGCCCCAGUAUAUAUCUACACGCAACAACUCCAGCCCUCCAAAUUCAAUAGAGGAUGCUUAUUAUGAAGACGCUGACAACAAUUACCCGACAACUCGUCUGAACGGGGCCAGCAAAAACUCCUACAAUGAUUCAGAUGCACUCAGCAGUUCUUAUGAGUCUUACGAUGAAGAGGAUGAGGAAGCUAAAAGCAGAGAGAGGACGCACCCGUGGCCCUCAGAGGAGAGUCCGUUGGGCCAAAUGAAAGACUGCCGCAAAUGCGCCUUCCUGCUGCGCAAGAAACGCUUCGGUCAGUGGGCUAAGCAGCUGACAAUCAUCCGAGAGAACAGACUUCAGUGCUUCAAGAAUCCCAAAGAUCGCUCUCCACACGUUGAUCUGCCCCUGAAUCUCUGCAAUGUCAUCUAUGUGCCUAAAGAUGGACGCCGCAAGAAGGACGAGCUUCGUUUCUCCAUGCCGGGAGGAGAGGCUCUAGUGCUGGCUGUGCAGAGCAAAGAGCAGGCAGAGAGCUGGCUCAAGGUCAUUCAGGAUGCGAGUAACCUGGCAAAAAACAUUAAUGGAAAAGAGAUCUCGUCUUCUCCGAUGAUACUGCGAAAACUAGAGCUGGAUAAAAUGAUGUCACCAGAUAAACAUACUUCUGAUUCCGACAGCGCAGCCAAUGGCGACGUUACCCGCGAGAUCUGUGAGAACGGAAAGGGCAAGAAAGGGACAUUCUCUGAGCUGACUGGAUCUAUGAGUCGAGCUGCUGGCAGGAAAAUCAACCGCAUCAUCAGUUUCUCCAAGAAGAAGCCGCCUCUGCCGGGCGAAACCAACACGUUUUCCCACCUGGAUGACAAUCCCCGUUGUGGUUACUUGAAUGUCCUGGUGAAUCAGUGUUGGAAGGAGCGCUGGUGUUGUGUGAGGAAUGGGACUCUAUAUUUCCAUAAGGACAGAGGGGAUAUUCACACCCAUGUUAGCUCUUUAGCCCUCCAUGGUGUAGACGUCUUCCCCGGUCUUGGGCCCAAACAUCCUUUUGCCUUCCGUAUCAUGCGAGCGAGCACAGAAGUGGCCGCCCUGGAGGCGAGCUGUUCUGUGGAGAUGGGCCGCUGGCUGGGGGUUUUGUUGGCUGAAGCAGGCAGUGUCACCACCCCUGAGGCACUGCAUUAUGACUAUGUGGAUGUGGACACCAUCAGCAGCAUCCAGAACGCAGCACGACACUCUUUUCUGUGGGCGACCUCUUCCAGCAGCACAUCCACAGACCCACGGACUUACGACGAAGUUCCCUAUGAAAGUGUGUUGGUCGAUGAGAAUCAGUCUAAACUGAAGCGUUAUUCCUCUAUGUCCAGUAUGGAUACAGCCACGGGUGACACACAGAUCACAGUGAAGCGACACGGUUCCUCUGUGAAUCACUACGGUAAAUAUGGAAAGACGAGGGCGGAAGAAGAUGCACGACGGUAUCUCAAUGAGAAAGAACAGCUAGAGAAAGAAAAAGAAGAAAUCAGGAAGAGCCUGCUGUCACUGCGCUCAGAAAAGAGGGUGGUGAAGGAAGGGCUGAAAAACACAACAGAUAAACAGCAGAAAGCCAUGGAGCAGCAUCUGGCCCAGCUGGAGGAAAGCUGCCGUCAGAAGGAAGCUGAGCGAGUGGACCUGGAAUUGCGACUCACGGAGGUGAAAGAGAAACUGAAGAAGUCUCUGACUGGAGGAAUUCUGGGGGCACCCGUGGAAAGCAAACCCACCAUUAAAGUUCCAGUUAAAAAAAAGGAACAUAUUUACAAUGAUGCCACUGUGCCGGUCAACUGUGCAUCUGAAAUGAAGAAACGUCCCCCGUCCAUCUAUGCGUCCAACAAAGGAAAUGUCAUGCAGAAAGCCAAGGAAUGGGAGUCAAAGAAAGUAAUGUAAUUAUAGUGCUGUCAUCAAGAGAGGAUCUGUGGAUCUGUGAAAGGCAAGAUUUCAUCUAUGAUCAUCCUGGCUGUCCACUACACUUAUGCACAGGACAGUUGACCAUAUGAUGGAAGUCUGUAUGUAAAUACAAAUGAAUGUUAAAUAAAAAUUGCAUGAAGAUGGCAAGGAUAAGGGAAUGUCCAGGAAACAAAGUGUUUUAUAAGCAUAUAUUUGAUUAAUAUAAAAGUUAAAAUAGGUGCCUGAAUUCUGUGAAAUUGUUUCAUUUCACUUCUUACUGUAUAAUGCCACAGGAUACUGAUGUGGUCUUCCUGCUGAUUUAUUUGUGCAGUCCUGGGAUACAGUGUUAAUAUCUCCCUCUUUUAUAUGUUAUGUGAAGUUCAAAGGAUUUUCCCUUUUUUUAAUACUAGGGCACUUAAUUUACCAGAUUUAUUUAUUUCUACUUUGUACAUAAAUAAUCAUUGUUUUUUUUUCACCCUCUGCAAUAUCUUGGUAACUGUAAUAAAUGUGUUUUCAGAAA